GAGUACUUAAAAACCUAUUUGUAUUUUAAUUGUUCUCUUGUUUUGGUUGAAUAGAGGCUGACCACAGAAAUUAAUCACUGGAGAAAAUUAUAACCACAUAGUCACGGUGCAUUUCAGGCAGAACAAGAACCAGAUUCACUCUAAUGGACUUUUUCAAUUUCACUGAGGAUUAAAAAUAGAUUUAUAUCUGGACCAGAGAUAGAUAAUCUGACAUUUGUAAACAAGGAUUGUUUAUAUAGACAAAAUGUUUUGAAGUUGAACAUUCAGGAUAUCAGGAUUAAUAAUUAUAAAACAUCUGGUUAUCAUUACAUCUUUGUUUGACCAAAUUUUGACAGUCAGCAAGUACAUGGACUUACAAAAGCCCUGAAGGUCAAUUUCUCCUUGGAGUCCUGAUAUUUGAGAUUUUGUGUGACUCCUGCUAUAAAUAACACAUGUUCAGUGACAUAAUAUUUGACUUGUAGUACAUGUGAUGAAUAUUUCAAUGUCUACAUUUUCUGCUACUAGGUGUCAGUGAAACGCAUCGAGUUUUGAGUGAGGUGCGUUGUUUUGUUUCACAAGCGUGGAAAGGAGAAAACUAAAACACUUUACAAGUGCUUUCAAUUAACGUUUAGAAAUUAGGAUUACAUUAAAGCCGCCAUUAAUUAGUGCUUUGGAAAUUAAACAGGUUUGCAUAUCAAUUUUUGGAUACUUAUCGACGUCAGUUGCAGCAGGAAAUGAAGUAAUAUUUAAAUCGUAAGUUAUAUAUUUAGAGAUAGACUGCAAGUAGGUACACUGUGGAGUAAAGCUGAAAGAUCAAAAGUACUAUCUAUUGCACUGAUGAAGAGUUAGAAAUAGACAUCUGCUACUGUGAUAAAACUGUCUUAGUCGUUCAUUACAGCUCAGAAAUCGACAUCACACAAGUUGCAUUUUUUGCAGGAUUUACUUUGGAGAGAAACAGACGAAGUCAGGUAUUCCUUGUCUAUUUCGUUGAUCUCUAUAUGUUGAUUUCAGCAAAUUGGAAUUAAUUACAGUACAUAUUGGAAAUUGACAUCUGGUAUUGUCUGUUGACUGAUGAUGCUGUUUUCUAUUAGUUGUUAUGCAGCAUGUUAUGAAAACGUUGAGGAAUGGAACCUAAGCCUACAUAUCUGAGAGAAAAUAGUAAACAGAUCAAGUCACAUAGAAGAAAAUUAAGCCAAGACAUAGAUAUUCGGCCAGUGUACUAUCCAGAUAAACAAAGUGCUGCCAAGAAAUUUUUUCAUAACGAUAAUUUUCUGAAUAUCAAAUUCCACGAUCUUGAUUCAUCACAAGACUUCAGGCAUUUGAAAUAUGGAUUCCUAGGGGAAGAUGACUUUGAAGAAUUCAAGGAAGAAUUAAUUAACUUUAAGAAAUUGAAAAAUGAAUGCUCAGUGGAGUAUUUAGACAAAUCACCUAAGACAAGAAGGAAGAAAUUAUCUUCUAUAAUAUCACCCAAACUGGCAAGAAAAAGUUUUGAAAAAUCGCCUAAAUCUGCGAGGAAAAGUGUUAGAUUUAAUGACAACAUAAUGGAGUUUUUAAAUACAGAUGAGCACUUUCAAGAAUUUGAUCGGGUAUUUGAGACUUUCAAAAGCAAAGAGAUUUCUGACAAUAUUGACCAGUUAAGAUGGUCUUGGAAACAGUACAGUGAUGAGAAUGAUGCUGACAGUGAUGAAGAUGAUAAUCGGACGAUUCAAGAAAACGAUGAAAGUUUAGAUGAUUUAGACGAUGAGGAUCUAUUGGAAUCCACAUUUGAAGAAUCAUUUGCCGAUUUCUUUGACAAUGACGAAGAUUUUAAGGAAUUUGAGGUGGAGUUGCAGAAAUUAAAUUCCAAAAGACGCUCAAGGGUUUUAUUAAAUAAGAUAAAUAGAACCUCAGGUUGUGAUAUUGUGACAGAAUUGAAAGCUUUCUGUGAUAAUGACCCAAUUGAAAAAUAUGAGGCCAUGGCGGCAGAGCCGCACUUAUGGAACUCGGGUGGUGAAUGGGAUUAUAUAUUUAAGAAAAUCAAACGUCGUAGUUGCCUAUCGUGUUCAAGUCUAGCAGCAAGCUGUGAUAGUAUUCAAGAGGAUGUAACUAUUCCCGACUGUGAUUGUGUCUUCCAUAAUGACGUAAAAACAAAAAUUGACAAAUGCUCAUCUUGUGAUAAUCUUCAAAAUAUAGACAAUCAAAACGGUGACUGUCAUUUUACUUGUCACCAAAAUUGUGGUGCAUUGGUACGGCUUGGUUGUAAAUCUAAAUCGUCACCUGACCUAGCAGGUCAAACAGAACCGCCCUUACUAGAGCCUACAGACACCUUACAGACAGUUUCUUCAGAUGGCAGCUCAGAACCAACCAAUGAGAAGGACGAGACUGAUAGUGGGUAUAGAUCAGGGACGAUACCUGAAGAAAAAUUGCCCAGAAAGCCAAGUCAGGCUACACUUAAUAGAGAGGAACUCAAACUGAAAAUAGAGGAAUAUAACCUGCUGGUACCAGGGGCAGAGUUCUCUCUGAAGGAGGACAAGGGCCAAGCAUUCCAAGGAUUUUUAAGGGUGACGUUAAACUUGUCUCGUCCAAUAUGCAUGUCUCUUGGUGUGCGACCUCCAUCCAUUUACGAAGCUCUCACCAAAGAACACAUCAUUGAGCAGAACACUAUGACGAUGUCCUUUUAUAUGCCCAGAGAUACAAUGAAAUCCAUACACGUUCCAAGUGUAUCAUCCUCAAAAGAAGUAAUAGCCUUACUUCUGAAGAAAUUCCACAUCUUGGAUAAUCCAAGAAAGUUUGCUCUUUAUGAGCAGGAACUUAGCAGCAGGGGUAAGAUAGUAAAGCUGCGGAGAGUUCCGGAUGUAGAAUGUCCCCUACUGACCUCACUAGAAUGGGACCCAGACAAGUUGUCUUAUAUUAGACUGGUCCUUCAGGAAAAUGAAACGGGAGAUAUUAUGUGGGAUGCAUUUAGCCAACCAGAAUUAUCAAACUUUCUUAUCGUUCUCGACAGAGAAGAAAAAGAAUAUUGUUCCCAGCUAGAAUACAAAUACAAAGUGAUGAGAAAAAUCAUUCAAUCAAGACUAAAGGAAUUGCGGAAAGAAAAACUUGCAGAGAAAAGGAAAUCUUUAGGAAUCGUGUCCUGAUAAAGUCAUUGUUAAUCGUUUACUCAUUCACAAAAUAGUGCUUAAUGUCACAUGGCUAGGGAAUAGUUUUUAUCGUCCAAUCGGGAAUCAUUUCUCAAGUCAUGUGAUCAUUGAAGCUACUACUGCACUAGGUGCUAGCUUCCAAUCGCAGGUCCUCAUUGAUUGAAACAUGUUGAAACUGUUUCGCACUUGUCCACAUAGACAUGACCUGUACAUACAAGGAUGACGUAGAAAAUUAUUAAACAUGAAGAUUUCAGCAAUGAGGAAUCCUAUUUCGAUAUUGGAACCAGAACUAUUGAUACAAAUUGUGAUAUAUUAUUUAUCAGUGCUAAAUAUUUGUUAAGUUUGACUAGAGGAGCCUGAUCCCUCCUCAGAACUGUUUUAUUUGACGGAUUGUUGAUACGAUGUUGACGAGGAAGUAGAGAGAUUCAUUCCUGGGCAUAGACUAUACUUGUUGGAAAGAUUAGCGACUUUCUAUUAUUUAGUCUUGAAUUCUUUGUACAUUUAUUGUAAAGCUAGUCCAUAUAUUAAUAUAACUAUAACCAAGUAGGAUUUGAAGUAAUAUUGGUUUGCAUCGAUUUUCUUGAUUUUGUGGUCGUUUUUUGUUUUGUAUCGGAGAUUAAGAUAUUUCAUUAAUUUUAAAGAUGUAUAUAAUUAUUUUUUAUAGUCAUUCAUUUUUAGUCAUAAAUGGAAGAUAUGUCUCAAAGUAAUUACAUCCUAAUUUGGGGGUUUAUAGAAAAGUGUUGUGUGUUUGUAUCAAAACACUGUUUUAAAGGUUUAUAAUAAUUUUCAUUAAUUUGUAACCACAUCAAGUCAGCUUAGCUUGACAUUUAGGCUUAAAAGUCUGUCAUUAGAAAAUUGCAUAUCAAAUUCAAAAUCAUGUUCUGACUUUUAAUUAAUUUUGGUCCCCAAUAUGCAUUUAGAAACGUGAACACACAGCACAUUUUCGAAAUACUUAUUGAUAACUAAUAAAUCAGGCUUGUCAAAUUGAGAAAGCCUUGAUUUCCUUUUGGGGCAGUAACAAAAAAUUUCAGAAUGUAUCUAAUUGUUUAUCAGUUGACUUAUUUACAGAUAAUGUAUUUCAAGAUUGAUGAUAUUUUGUCCAUUUAACUGACAUAAUUUUGGCUUGUCUUGACUUGUAAUUGAUGUUAAUGUUGACAGAUUGAUGUUAACUUCAUCUUGUAAUUGAGUAAAAUUGAAGAAUAUACAUGAUGUAUUGGCCUAUAUUGACAAAAUUUCAAAUUUUAAAAAACUGUUUUGAUUUUUUCUUUUUUGGUUGGAAGGAUUUGUUACUGCUCCAGUUUUAAAAGAAUUUAACAGCUGACAUAAAUUUAGAAGUGUGUUCACAAAAGUUAAGCAUAAUAUAUUUGGUUUGAAGAUAGUUGAGGAUUAGAAUGUUAGUUUUAUAUUACAAUGAUAUUAUGUUGUGUUAUAAGAUUAAUACUUUUUUCAGUACGUUAAAUUUUAAAUCCAGGGAUCAAAAUAGUGCCUUUCAUUCGUUGCAAAUAUUAAAAUUCAGUGGUGGAUUUUUUUUCUGUAGAAAACACAGAAACAAACUUGAGGUCCCUUUUCAGGAUUCCCCCUUAAGGAUUUGAUAUGAAUUUCGUUUCAAAUGCAAAGAAACAAGAACAGGAGACUUUGAUGAAAAACAAAAAUUUUAACUCUUUGAUUCAUUCAUCUAACAAAUUGCCAUAAAUAAAUAACUAGGUAAAUACUGUUUGCCAAGUAUGCCGUUAUAAAAUGAUAAUCUUUUGCUUUUUGGCCUUGAUACUAAGUCAGCAGGUUUAAUUACUAAUGAUGUAUAAAGUACAUUGUUAGUAAGACACUGUAGUUGCUGAGUCAGCGGUAAUUAACAUCUGAUCUCACCUGGUACAGAUGUAACAUAUCACCGUCAAUUACCAAUGUCGAUUUCAGCAAUCUAAUUAUACUAAGGUCUUUUGAUGAUGUCGUUCAUCACUUAACCUCUGUUCUCUGUAUACUAUGGAAGAUUCUUUGAAUUUUAGCCAUACUUUUGUUAAAAAAUUAUAAUUUAAAACAUUAAUUGCAUUAAAAAUUACCGGGGAAUCGAUUUGUCUGUACAUGUACAUGGGAAAGGAAAGAAACAGUAUUGUGAAAUUAAAAACAUUUUGUAGGUAAACAUUGUUUAGUAAAAUGGUGCCACCCUUAUGCAUUAAUUUUACUAAGUUUUUACCUGCUUUAUAUGCUUAAUUCUGUUUAUUUUUAUAAUUUUUUAUUCGCAUGACUGUUUUUUUUUUAAUGGGAACAUGGUUCUCAAUGGUAAAACUGAAUGUGCAAAUUUGCAAUUCACUCGUCACAAAAUUAUUGUGAAUGUAUAUAACCUGCUUUUAAUAGUGUGAGGUUCUAGGAGGGGGUAAACAGAAAGUUGAGAAACUUGGCAGAAAGCACUUCUGUUUUCCACCGAAAAGGUGUAUAUCAAUCAGAGCGGGAGAGUGAAAUCUGUUAAAAGCUAUGUUCUAUUUAAAUUGUAGAAGUAAUUGACAAAUUUCACUCUUGUGGUUGCAAUGUUUUGCAGCCUUUUUUUUUUUAAAGCUUUUGCAAUCAAUUUCCCUCCCCAAUUUAUGUCAUACCCUUAAAAACCCUACCCUGAGCUUAGCAGUAUAUAUAUUCAUGCCAAAGAUAUUAUUUUCUCAUCAGGUCUUGAUACUCACUUUAACUAAAUGGUUGGCACCAUUUUAGGAAAUUCAUAAAUGUAAUUUAAAAUCCACCACUGAAUUAUACAAAAGUUAUGUAUGAGUAUAUUGAAAUAUAUUUAUUAGGACAAAAUGUAUAAAAAUACAUGAAUUAUAAAAAAGAAGCAUUAAUUUCAGCAUGUAAUCAGAUUAAAUGUCCAAGACAUGAACCUUUUGAUCUCAGAAUAAUGUCAUCUAUUAAUAAGCAGAAAUAAUUAAUCUCCCCAUUAACUCUGCAAGACCCAAAGUGUUGUAUAUAAAUCUAGGCUGGAGUUAUCACCAUGUUGUAGGUGAUUUAAUGUGUAUUAAAUAUAACUCAGCACUAAUAAUGAUCAGUAAAGUGGGUGCCUUGUUUGUGUGUAUAGCUAUGGUCUAAGGUAGAUAACCUUAGAAUGAAUUUGAUGAAAGAGCAUUUUGACAAUCAUCAAAACAUUUUACUAAUACCUCAUUUUAAACAUCAAUGUGUCAUGAUUUUAUGUUGUUUUAAUAUUUUUUUUAGUUUGUACAAAAUUUUCUAUGACAUGAGAAUAAAUGAGUAUUGAAAACACAAAAUUCUAUUUUGUAAGAAAAUAAUUAGGAUAAAUAAAAUAAAAAGUGUAAAAAACCAGGCACCCACAAAUGUAAAAUGUUAAAGUAUAAAUAAUAUAGCACCUCCAUAUUAGAAUAUUCAUGUUAUGUAAAUAAACAUAUUUACAACUUUAUUUUGAAUAUUCUUAAAUUAUAUCGUGCUGUAAAUAUGGAGCGAGAAAAAUGGAAAAGAAGGGGAAAAAAUUGUGAAAAAAAUAUAGGGUUGAAUAAGGGUGGUUGGUUGUAAGAUAUGUAGGGAGAGAAAAAUGAAAAAAAAAUCAUAAAAUUAUGAUGCACAACUGUAACAACUUAUCUUCUUAAUCCUUCGUGAGCUUUAAUUGAACAGAGAUUAAAAUGUUAACAAAAUAAUGAUAUGAAAAAGUGUUCUUAUGAUCUUGCAUUUAGGAAGCAUAGAAUAAUGGGUAAUAUUGUAUUUUGCAUACCAAAUUUGAUUGGUUGCAAUCAUUUUGACAAUGAUUGGUAACAAAUGAUAUUUUUAUAUUGUAAGAUCAAAUUUGGUAUGUAAAAUCAGAAAAAUUGCUCCAGAAUUUUAUUGUUUCUGAAAAUUAUAUAAAAUUGUAUUUUGUACAAUGCCUGUGCUCAAUUGAUAUUAAUCAGCAACAGUGUAGGCAGACAUUGAUAUCUUGUUGUUUAUGAUAUGACUAUUUAUCUGUUUUCUGAUAUGAAAUAUCUCAACAUGUGAAACCGAAAAAAAAUAACAAAAAAAAAAUAAAAUAAAUUAAAAAUAUA